GCCGCAGUCCCGGGCGCCAGAGCUGCUGCAGCAUCCUCGGUGCUCGCGUCUCCUCGGCGCUGUGCUUCGUCUCCUCUUCCUCCUCGGCCGGCGAGAUGGCGAAGCCGCUGACGGACAGCGAGAAGCGGAAGCAGAUCAGUGUGCGCGGCCUCGCGGGGCUGGGCGAUGUGGCCGAGGUGCGCAAGAGCUUCAACCGGCACCUGCACUUCACGCUGGUCAAGGACCGCAACGUGGCCACGCCCCGCGACUACUUCUUCGCGCUGGCGCACACGGUGCGCGACCACCUGGUGGGCCGCUGGAUCCGCACGCAGCAGCACUACUACGAGCGCGACCCGAAGCGCAUUUAUUACCUUUCCCUGGAAUUCUACAUGGGCCGCACGCUGCAGAACACGAUGGUGAACCUGGGCCUUCAGAAUGCAUGUGAUGAAGCCAUUUACCAGUUGGGGUUGGACCUGGAAGAACUGGAGGAGAUAGAAGAGGACGCCGGCCUGGGGAAUGGAGGCCUGGGGCGGCUGGCAGCCUGUUUCCUUGAUUCGAUGGCCACCUUGGGCCUGGCAGCAUACGGCUACGGAAUCCGCUAUGAAUUUGGGAUUUUUAACCAGAAGAUUGUCAAUGGCUGGCAGGUCGAAGAGGCUGACGACUGGUUGCGCUAUGGCAACCCCUGGGAGAAGGCCCGGCCCGAGUACAUGCUUCCUGUGCACUUCUACGGGCGAGUGGAGCACACGCCCACAGGUGUGAAGUGGCUGGACACGCAGGUGGUGCUCGCCAUGCCCUAUGACACGCCAGUUCCCGGCUACAGGAACAACACCGUCAACACCAUGAGGCUGUGGUCUGCCAAGGCGCCCAACGACUUCAAGCUGCAGGACUUCAACGUGGGAGACUACAUCGAGGCAGUCCUGGAUAGGAACUUGGCUGAGAACAUCUCCAGAGUCCUGUAUCCAAACGACAAUUUCUUUGAGGGAAAGGAGCUCCGCCUGAAGCAGGAGUACUUCGUGGUGGCCGCAACCCUCCAGGACAUCAUUCGCCGCUUCAAGUCGUCCAAGUUCGGCUGCCGAGACCCAGUGAGAACCUGUUUCGAGACGUUUCCAGACAAGGUGGCCAUCCAGCUGAAUGACACCCACCCGGCCCUCUCCAUCCCUGAGCUCAUGCGGAUCCUAGUGGACGUGGAGAAGGUGGACUGGGACAAGGCCUGGGAAAUCACAAAGAAGACCUGUGCAUACACCAACCACACGGUGCUGCCCGAGGCUUUGGAGCGCUGGCCCGUGUCCAUGUUUGAGAAGCUGCUGCCACGGCACCUGGACAUAAUCUACGCCAUCAACCAGAGGCACCUGGAUCACGUGGCCGCCCUAUUUCCUGGGGACAUGGACCGCUUGAGAAGGAUGUCUGUGAUCGAGGAAGGGGACUGUAAACGUAUCAACAUGGCCCACCUGUGUGUGAUCGGCUCCCAUGCUGUCAACGGCGUGGCCAGGAUCCACUCGGAGAUUGUGAAACAGUCUGUCUUUAAGGAUUUUUAUGAGCUGGAGCCGGAGAAGUUCCAGAACAAGACAAACGGUAUCACACCCCGACGGUGGCUGCUGCUGUGCAACCCAGGACUGGCUGACGCCAUCGUGGAGAAAAUCGGGGAGGAUUUCCUGACUGACCUGAGCCAGCUGAAGAAGCUGCUGCCACUCAUCAAUGACGAGGCAUUCAUCAGGGACGUGGCCAAAGUCAAGCAGGAAAACAAGUUGAAGUUCUCCGCCUUCCUGGAGAGGGAGUACAAGGUGAAGAUCAACCCCUCCUCCAUGUUCGACGUGCACGUGAAGAGGAUCCACGAGUACAAGCGGCAGCUGCUCAACUGCCUGCACGUGGUCACCCUGUACAACCGGAUAAAGAAAGAGCCAGCGAAGGCCUUUGUGCCCAGGACUGUUAUGAUCGGGGGCAAGGCGGCUCCUGGUUACCACAUGGCUAAGAUGAUCAUCAAGUUGGUCACGUCCAUCGGUGAUGUUGUCAAUCAUGAUCCAGUUGUGGGUGACAAGCUCAAAGUGAUCUUCCUGGAGAACUACCGAGUGUCCUUGGCCGAGAAAGUGAUCCCAGCCGCUGACCUGUCACAGCAGAUCUCCACUGCGGGCACCGAGGCUUCAGGCACAGGCAACAUGAAGUUCAUGCUCAACGGGGCGCUCACCAUCGGCACCAUGGACGGCGCCAACGUGGAGAUGGCCGAGGAGGCUGGGGCGGAGAACCUGUUCAUCUUCGGCCUGCGUGUGGAAGAUGUCGAGGCCUUGGACCAGAAAGGGUACAAUGCCAGAGAGUACUACGACCGGCUGCCCGAGCUGAGGCAGGCUGUGGACCAGAUCAGCAGUGGCUUCUUUUCUCCCAAAGAUCCAGACUGUUUCAAGGAUGUCGUGAACAUGCUGAUGUACCACGACAGGUUCAAGGUGUUUGCAGACUAUGACGCCUACAUGCAGUGCCAGGCCCGGGUGGACCAGCUCUACCGGAGCCCCAAGGAGUGGACCAAGAAGGUCAUUAGGAACAUCGCCUGCUCGGGCAAGUUCUCCAGUGACCGGACCAUCACGGAGUAUGCGAGGGACAUCUGGGGCGUGGAGCCCUCUGACCUGCAGAUCCCGCCCCCCAACAUCCCCAGAGACUAGGUUCCCCACCAGCCGGGGACCAACGGGCAUUUGUUUUCUUGCUGUUUUUGUACUUCGUGCCAGUUUUAAAGCACUUUGCUAGCAGCUGGUGGUCCCUCCUUUUCUGAGAGGAGUGUGAGGAUUAAGGGGGUGGUUUUGAGUGAGUGGGGCAAGGAAAGGAGUUGCUAGUAGUGUAUGGCAUUCUCACGGUUACCUGCAAGGAAAGCAGAGUUCAUGGUGCAGACAGGUGCAUCUGGUCCCAGGGAGGGUGAACACAGGUGGAGCUGCUUGCUGGACUCCCCAGAACCUUGCAUGUGUCUUGCUGUGAGCUUAUAUCUUUAGUUUUAAGCCUCUGAAUUCUGGGUUAUGGGCUGGUGGCCCUGGUGAAGACUAGGGAUGUGUGGGACCUGGGCCACCAGCUGCAGAGCAGGGCCAAGCCCAGUGUUGCCCUAUUCUCCCUGCCGUGCUGGAAGGAGUCAGAUCCUACAGGCAUUGUCUUCACAGCUCUGUUCUCUCUCCCCUGUUCUGGGUGCUCUAUCUUGUGUUGUGGGUCAAGGAUCCAGAUAGGCCAUGUCCUUCGUAGCCAUCCUGGGUGAAUGUGCUUGGGACCCGGGACGAGUUGUGGGGGACAUUGGGAGGUUCCCUAUACCUGGUGUCUCAGAGGCCUUGGUUUAGACAAGGCUGGCUGAUGCAGAGUUAGCUGAUAGUUCGGAUGUUAUUGUCCCCCCAAAUCUCCAGUGUGGCAGUGUUGGAAGCUGUUUGAGUCACGGGGGUGGAUCCCUCAUGAAUGGAUUAGUGCUCUCCCUGGGGGAGGGGGGAUUAAUGAGUGAGUUCUCGCUCUAUUAAUUCCCACGAGAGCUGGUUGUUUAAAAGACCCUGGCACCUCCUCCCUCCCUCCCUCUCUCUCUCUCUCUCCCCCCCCCUCCUCCUCCUCUCACCAUGUGAUCUGCUUGUACCCGCUGGCAGCCUGAGGCCUGUGCCAGAUGCAGCUGUCCCAGAAUCAUAAGCCAA